UCUGAAGUUGACACACUUGGAGAGAAGACUGCUGUAAACAAACUGGGAUUUAAAGGCCUCAUCUCACUUCAGUUUGACUAAAAUGUCAUCAUCUGGUUCUCUUCACGCUAAAAACCAUUGCAGAGCAAGUACUUCAGAAAUGGACAAGAAUAAAAUUCACUGCUCACUGGAGGGGGAAAGUUUUGCUAUGCAGAAUAAUAUUCAAGAUCACCAGCACAUUCCCAUUAAAGAAAAAACAUAUUGCUGCUCACAAUGUGGGAAGAGUUUUACCCACCCAAGUAAUCUCAGACAACACAAACGGAUUCACACAGGAGAGAAACCAUAUUACUGUUCACAAUGUGGAAAGAGUUUUGCCCAGAAGCGCACUCUCACAGAACACAAACGGAUUCACACAGGAGAGAAACCGUAUCACUGUUUACAAUGUGGAAAGAGUUUUGCCCAGAAGAGUACUUUCAAAGAACACAAACGGAUUCACACAGGAGAGAAACCAUAUUACUGUUUACAAUGUGGAAAGAGUUUUGCCCAGAAGAGUUCUUUCACAAAACACAAACGGAUUCACACAGGAGAGAAACCAUAUUACUGUUCACAAUGUGGAAAAAGUUUUUCCGAGAAGUGUGUUCUCAUAAAACACGAACGGAUUCACACAGGAGAGAAACCAUAUUUCUGUUCACUAUGUGGCAAGAGUUUUGCCCAGCAUAAUUGUCUCAUAGAACACAAAAAGAUUCACACAGGAGAGAAACCAUAUUACUGUUCACAAUGUGGGAAGAGUUUUUCCCGGAAGAGUACUUUCACAAAUCACAAACGCAUUCACACAGGAGAGAAACCAUAUUUCUGUUCACAAUGUGGGAAGAGUUUUUCCCAGCAAAGUCAUCUCACAAAACACGAACGGAUUCACACAGGAGAAAAACCAUAUUUCUGUACCCAAUGUGGGAAGAGUUUUGCCCGGCAGAGUCAUCUCACAAGACACGAACGGAUUCACACAGGAGAGAAACCAUAUCAAUGCUCAGAGUGUAUGAAAAGUUUUACGGAUAGUUCUUCUCUCAAUAAACAUGAGCAUAUUUGCAAAGGAUAGCGGCAUUUCUGCUCACACUGUUGGAAGAGCUUCAAACAUAAAAGUAGCUUAAAAAGUCAUGAUGAACUUUACACAAAAAAUUGCCAUAUUACUCUUCGCACUAUGGAAAGGGCUGUAUAGAACACUCACUAAUUCAUAUAGGUGACAAGUCUCAUGUUUUAAUAUAAGCUUUAAUCUUAAAUUAAAUAAUCAUUUACACAGGAAAGAAGCUGUAUUUCUGCUUAGCAUCUGUUAGAUUUCCUCUAAGUAGUCAAUUUAAAUGCCAUCAGCUCAAACACACAUAGGAUUACACAUCAGGUCAGAUCAAGUAGGCUUUUAUUUUCAUU